AGAAGAAUAAAAGUAGAGGAUAAGGCCGUAAGAGAAAUACCAAUCUUCAAGGAUACCCACUUAGCCUUUCUCUAAGUAUAUGAUUUCAAUGAUGUGAUGUAAUUUGUCUUCAUUUUUCAUUAAAAAUUUUUUUUUGGGGAGAGAGAAUCUGUAUUUCAUAUAGAGAUAGUGUUGUGUUUAGGCUUGGGUUGGGUUGUUGGAGGGAUGUCAGGAGGUGGAGGUGGUGGUGGUUGCAGCAUAGUUUGGUUCAGGAGGGAUCUAAGGAUUGAAGACAACCCUGCACUUGCUGCUGGUGUGAGGGCAGGAGCUGUGAUAGCAAUCUUCAUAUGGGCACCGGAAGAAGAGGGGCCUUACUACCCUGGCCGGGUCUCAAGAUGGUGGCUGAAGCAGAGCUUGGUUCACCUUGACGCCUCUCUGAGGAGUCUGGGUACUUCUCUCAUCACCAAAAGGUCAAAUGAUAGUGUCUUAUCUCUUGUCGAGGUUGUCAAAUCUACCGGUGCCACUCAUCUCUUCUUCAACCACUUGUAUGAUCCCAUAUCACUUGUGAGGGAUCACAGGGCAAAGGAGCUUCUUACUGCUCAAGGCAUAGUUGUGCAUUCUUUUAAUGCUGAUUUGCUCUAUGAACCAUGGGAAAUUAAUGAUGCACAUGGUCGCCCCUUCACAACCUUCUCAGCCUUCUGGAACAGGUGCCUCAGCAUGCCUUAUGAUCCAGCAGCUCCACUACUUCCACCAAAGAGGAUAACCUCAGGUGAUGUAUUAAGGUGUCCUUCUGAUUCAUUGAUAUUUGAAGAUGAAUCAGAGAAGGGAAGCAAUGCACUUCUUGCACGUGCAUGGUCACCAGGCUGGAGUAGUGCUGGUAAGGCUCUAACAGCCUUCAUUAAUGGACCUUUGAUUGAGUACUCUGUGAACCGUAAAAAGGCCGAUAGCGCUACAACCUCACUUCUGUCACCCCAUUUGCAUUUUGGGGAGGUAAGUGUGCGCAAAGUCUUCCAUCUAGUCCGAAUCAAGCAGGUUCUGUGGGCAAACGAGGGAAACACAGAAGGUGAAGAAAGUGUGAACUUGUUCCUCAAGUCCAUUGGUCUUAGAGAGUAUUCAAGAUAUAUGAGCUUUAACCACCCUUACAGUCAUGAAAGACCUCUCCUUGGGCACCUAAAGUUCUUUCCCUGGAUUGUUAAUGAGGGUUAUUUCAAGGCAUGGAGGCAAGGUCGAACUGGUUAUCCUUUGGUUGAUGCUGGGAUGAGAGAGCUCUGGGCCACUGGUUGGCUACAUGACCGGAUACGAGUUGUGGUGUCCAGUUUCUUUGUGAAGGUUCUGCAGCUGCCAUGGAGAUGGGGAAUGAAGUAUUUCUGGGAUACCCUAUUGGAUGCAGAUUUGGAAAGUGAUGCUCUGGGUUGGCAAUAUAUAUCUGGGACUCUCCCUGAUGGUCGUGAACUUGACCGCAUAGAUAAUCCACAGAUUGAAGGUUACAAAUUUGACCCAAAUGGAGAAUAUGUACGGCGGUGGCUGCCCGAACUUGCUAGGCUACCUACUGAAUGGAUUCACCACCCAUGGGAUGCACCAGAGUCAGUGCUCCAAGCUGCUGGGGUUGAAUUGGGAUCAAACUAUACUCUUCCCAUCGUAGGAAUUGAUGCAGCAAAAGUCAGGUUGCAGGAAGCUCUUUCAGAGAUGUGGCAGCAAGAAGCAGCUUCAAGAGCUGAAUUUGAGAAUGGAACAGAGGAAGGGCUUGGGGACUCCUCUGAAUCAGCCCCAUUUGCUUUCCCUGAAGACAUACAAAUGGAGGUAGAGCAUGAACCAGUCAGGAACAACCCAGCUCCUGCAGUCCGGCCAUAUGAGGAUCAGAUGGUGCCUAGCAUUACUUCUUCGCUGCAAAGGGUUGAAGAGGAAGAACCUUCUGUCGAUCUCAGACGUUCAACUGAUAAUAACAGACCAGAAGUACCAACAAGCAUAAAUGUGAGUCCAGAACUUCAGAGAGAAGCACCAAACCAGGGAGGCUUGCAAACAAUUAGAAACAAUAAUAAUCUGCCACAGUUGAACAUUUUACAGUUGCAAAAUGCAGAAGAGUCUACAGCAGAAUCUUCGAGUAGUGGUAGAAGAGAGAGAGAUGGGGGUAUUGUGCCAGUUUGGUCUCCCUCAUCUUCUAGCUACUCAGACCAGUUUGUGGGUGAACAAAAUGGUCUAGGAAGCAGUUCAUCUUAUUUGCAGAGACAUCCCCAGUCUCACCAACUGAUAAAUUGGACGUAGCUUUCAAAAGCUGGGCUAAAGGAUAAAUGUUCUCUACAUGACAGGACAAGAAUCUGGGAAGUGGACAAUUACAAUGCCAUGCCAUUUAAUGUGGCUGGCUAGUGUGAUGAUGGCGCAGCCCCUAUUUAUAUUGUUCUCCAUCCCUCUUUUCACCCUCUGGCCUGAUUGGCAGCCUCGCUUCAAAGCUUCUGAAAGCAGAAUUGGAGUAGGCAAUCUUAAGUCAUCUUCCACCCUUGUUCUUAAUUUUCCUUUUGUACCAUAUGUAGCCUUGUUGUAUAGUAGUUAAUAUCUUCAUAAGGAGGGGAAGAGUGUUAUGAAAUAGAUGUGUUCUAUAAUAAAUGCAGGAAGUUGUUUUACUCCUUU